AUGAAGGAAGGACAAUUCAUCUCAGAUUACUUCUCAAGAGUAUUGACGGUUACUAAUAACCUAAAGAGAAAUGGUGAGAAGUUAGAUGAGGUGAGAAUCAUGGAGAAAGUUCUUAGAUCGUUGGAUUCAAAAUUCGAGCACAUUGUUACUGUGAUUGAAGAGACAAAAGACUUGGAGACUAUGAUGAUGGAACAACUUCUUGGAUCUCUACAAGCCUAUGAAGAAAAGAAAAAGAAGAAAGAAGAUAUUGUUGAGCAAGUUCUCAAGAUGAGAAUUGAUCAAAAGGAAGAAAGUGGCCGAAAUCAUCCGAGACGUAGUGGCGGUCAUUUUCGAGGAGGAGGUCGUGGUGUAAAUAGACGAGGUUGGAGACCAUAUGAAGAAAGCUUCAACCAAAGAGGAGAGAACUCAUCAAGAGGUCAUGGAAGGGGAAAUCCAAAAUUAAUAGUUGAAGAGAAGUCCAACUAUGUUGAAGAAAGGAGUAAAGAAGAUGUGCUAUUGAUGGCUUACAAGAAGGAUGAACCAAAUGAGGUUCACAAGUGGUACCUUGAUAGUUGUGCAAGCAACCACAUGUGUGGAAAUAAAAGCAUGUUCGUGGAGCUCGAUGAAUCGGUGAAAACCAAUGUGGCUUUGGGAGAUGAAUCGAAGAUGGAGGUAAAAGGUAAGGGAAAUAUUCUCAUCCGCUUGAAGAACGGAGAUCAUCAGUUCAUUUCCAAUGUUUACUGCAUUUCAAGCAUGAAGACUAACAUCUUGAGCCUAGGACAACUUUUAGAGAAAUGUUAUGACAUUCGACUAAAGAAUAAUAGUCUUUCAUUAAGAGAUAAAGCAAAUAAUCUCAUCACAAAUGUGCUGAUGUCAAGUAAUAGAAUGUUUGUCCUAAACAUUCAACAUGACAUCUCAAGGUGUCUCAAGAUGUGCUACAAGGAAGAAUCUUGGCUUUGGCAUCUUCGAUUUGGGCAUCUCAACUUUGGAGGGUUAGAGCUACUUUCCAAGAAGGAGAUGGUGAAAGGAUUACCGUGCAUCAAUCAUCCAAAUCAAUUUAAAGCCCAUGUUGAGAAGAAAAGUGGUCUUAAGAUUAAGUCCAUGAGAUAUGAUCGAGGAGGAGAAUUCAUGUCUAAGGAGUUUCUGAAGUAUUGUGAAGAUAAUGGCAUCCGAAGACAAUUGACGGUGCCGAUAACCCCUCAACAAAAUGGAGUAGGAGAAAGGAAGAAUAGGACAAUGCUUGAGAUGGCAAGAAGCAUGCUCAAGAGUAAGAAGCUACCAAAGGAGUUGUGGGCAGAAGCAGUGGCGUGUGCGGUCUAUAUAUCAAACCGAUCGCCAACAAAAAGUGUUUUAGGAAAGACACCACAAGAAGCUUAA